AUGCUAUUCUUGGUAGGGGCCGGAUUGGCCACUGUGAAGGAUUUCACUGUGAGAGGCAUCGAAUGUCUGAAGGCAUGUGAUUGUGUCUAUUUGGAUUCUUAUACAUCAAUUAUGCCUGAAUGUGCCGAGGGUAUACGUGAGCUGACUGGAAAGCAGGUGUUCCUAGCCGAUCGAGAAACUGUUGAAGAUGGAACGGAACUUUUGAUCAAAGCCAAAACGCAGAAUAUCGCCUUUGUUGUGGUCGGUGAUCCGUUAGGUGCAACGACUCAUACAGAUCUCAUUCUGCGUGCCGUUCGAUCUGGGAUUUCUUAUGAAAUCAUUCACAACACAUCCAUUCUGACCGCUGUUGGUUGCUGUGGUAUUCAGUUGUACAACUUUGGUGCAACAGUGUCCAUCCCUUUUUGGGACGAAUUUGGUUCUCCUGAGAGUUUUUACGAUAAGCUUUUGGACAAUAUCUCACGUGGUCUGCACACACUCUGUUUGUUAGAUAUUAAGGUCAAGGAGCGCUCGUUGGAAAACAUACUCAAAGAAAGAAAAAUCUACGAACCACCAAGAUUCAUGACCUGUGAAUGUGCUGUUCACCAACUACUUCAAGUUGUCCGACGAAGAAGUGAUCAGGGUGACAAACCUUGCUUAACCGAGGACUGUCUGGCAAUUGGAUUGGCCCGUGUUGGUUGUCCCGAUCAGGCAAUUGUGGUUUCCACCCUGAGAGCGUUGAACGACAGUUAUGAGACUCCAGGGGCAGCGCCGAAUGCCCUGUUGACUGCUGCUCUUGGUGGACCGUUACACAGUUUAAUUAUACCCGGAGAGUUGCAUCCUGUAGAAGAAGAAUUCCUUAUCGCGCGAUACUGUUCUUCGCAAGCUUCACAAAACAUGCCCAGAUUUUUCAUCAACAGUAAUCAAGAAGCUUCUACUGAAUCGUUAGAGAACACAAAGAUUUUGUUCUCCAACCAUAAAAUCUUGGUCAAAUCACUGACACCUUGUUGA